ACUCGUUCAACCACACUCGUUCAAAAUGUCGACACCGCCGGCUAACUUCCGCGUCAUCAUCGUGGGCGGCGGACCCAUCGGUCUGACGGCGGCGCACAUGCUCUCCAAGGCGGGGAUUGAUUUUAUUUUACUAGAGCGCCGGGGCACUGUGACGCCGCAAGACGGGACGAGUCUCGCCAUUGCACCACAGACGUUGCGCGUGUUGGACCAGCUGGACCUUCUGGAGCCGGUGCGGUGGAUCGACCAUGCUAUUCGGAAGAAGAACAUUGUCACACACAAAGGCGUGCUGUAUAACACGACGUACCCACCCAUUUGGGCUGAGGAGGACCACGGUCGCCCCUACUUCAUGGUGCACCGCCCCGAAUUCCUGGAAACCCUCUACAACCACCUCUCAGACGCCGACAAAGGCUGGAUAUUCACACAUAAGAAUGUUGUGGACAUCGAAUCCAACCCAGACGGCGUAAUCGUCAAAUGCGACGACGGGACUGAAGUCGACGGCCACAUCGUCAUCGGCGCCGACGGGGUACACAGCCGGGUCCGCAAAGAAAUGCGCAAUCUGGCCCUGCUCAAAAACCCCCGCGCAACCGUCAACGACGAGCAACCCCUCGAGGCCUCGUACCGCUGCUUGUACGCGACGACGGACCUUAUGCCGGGGAUGGUUCCGGGGGAAAGCUGGGGUGCGCACGGCAGCGGGGCCUCAACGCAAGUCUUUGUCGGCAGGGACCGCACGUGGUUUUUUGUCUAUGAGCAGCUUGAUUGGCCGACGCGGGAUUGGAAGAAGUACUCGGCGAAGGAGGAGGAGGAGUUCGUGGCGAAGUACGGGAAACUGGCAAUGACGGAAAGGUAUCGAUUGAAGGAUUUGUAUGCCGUGAAGAGGAAUAGCACGCUGGUGAACUUGGAGGAGGGAACUAUGAAAGUAUUCUCGUUUGAGAGGUUGGCGAUUGUGGGGGAUGCGGUGAAUAAGCAGACGCCCAAUGUAGGGAAUGGGUAUAAUAGUGGCGUGCAAGAUUUGGUGGUUUUGACGACGGGCUUGAGGAAGUUGUUGGACAGUCGGGAGGUGGGCGAGAUUGCUACAGAGAACGUACAGGAGGUGUUGCAGGAGUAUCAAGCACUGCGGGAGCGUGACGCAAAGGACAUAUGUGGCAAGUCGGGACAGGCGACACGGAUGCAGGCUUGGAAUACUUGGGGACUUUGGCUGUUUGAAAGGUAUAUCAUGCCGUGGGGCAAUAUGGACCGGCGGGUUUUCAGCAAGAUGGCAGGCGACAUAAUUAGGAAAGGUCGAGUGCUACCCUUCUUGGAGGAGAAGGAUCUGCGGCAUGGGAAAGUCCCCUGGGUUCAUUUUCCUACCGUUGGGCCGACCAAGGUGGAGACGUCCUCGGUUUCAUGACAUCAAACGGCGGGGUGGGAUCUAUAGAGCGUAUAAUACGAUAGCAUAAUUGUAAUAUUAAUAUAAAAUAAUAAUAUUAAAUACGCC